GACGCAUACGAAGGCGCGUUGUCCUGGGAGUGAGAUAGUGACGGUUGGAAGUCCACUAAAAGCGUGUUCUAAUCAGUGCCUUCGUCCUGUUUUUGUUUUAUUUUAUUUGACUUCAGGCAGUUCUAGAAACAGCUUGCCAAUAGUUUUCUCUGCUGUUAUAUAUAUUAUAAGUGUUCAUUUCAGUCUAUAUUCUAUUCACCGGGAAAGGAUUUAACAAUGAACCCCACGAUAUUUCUGGUGUUGUUGUUGACAACGGCGUCCAUGUAUGUGGUGGAUGCCAGCUGCCCGGCCGUGUGCCAGUGUCCGUCUGUGGCCCCCACGUGCCCGCCGGGUGUGAGCCUGCUGACGGACAGCUGCGGCUGCUGCCGUGUGUGUGCGUCGCAGCUGAACCAGGAUUGCAGCGACGCGCAGCCCUGCGACCAUCACAAGGGCCUGGAGUGCAACUAUGGCAACGACGCCGCCAGCACAUGGGGAGUGUGUCGAGCCAAGCUGGACGGCCGCACCUGUGAGUACGCUGGCCGCGUGUACCAGACGGGCGAGAGCUUCAGCGUGGGCUGCAAGCACCAGUGCACCUGUGUGGAUGGCGCCGUGGGCUGCGGACCCCUCUGCCACGACCAGCGCCUGCCCAUGCCCUCCCCGCACUGCCCCAGCCCGCGCCUGGUCCGCGUGCCCGGCGAGUGCUGCUUCAAGGUGGACUGCCACCAUGGAGGAGGAGCCCUGCCCCCUCUGGUGCCUUCCAGACGGAAAGAGAGCCAGCAGCAGAAGCCCCAACCACCACAGACACCGCCUCAGAUUCACCCAGAGGCAAAGCAGCAGGACGUGGAGCUGGACCACAAUCGCUAUGACGAUAGUAACCACGACAACCGGUCUCCCGCGAUGGUGGUGGUACCACCGAAACGGAAGGAGGCCAAGCAGCAGCAACAACAGUCAAGACAGCAGAAGCCACUGAGGCCUGAGCCCAAAUCGGAACCAGAAUCAAGACCACGGUCCAGACAGCAGGAGGUCAUUCUGGACUACAAUCGUUACGACGACAAUCGGCACGACAACCACCAGUCUCCAGUGAUGGCGGUGCCGCCAAAGCGGAGAGAGAAGCAGCAGCAGCAGCAGCAGAAGGCGCAGAGGCCUCAGAUCGAGACCCGGCCAUGGCCCAAUCAGAAGCAGCAGCAGCAGCAGCAUCCUCUGGGUGGCAACAGCCGCCAGGACGAUAGUCACCAAGGUAGCAGAGUUCCAGUCGACGACAACAAGAUGAGGGACAACGAGGUGGUACGGAGGACCGAGACGGUGAAGUGGGCAGACGAGCCAGGAUACAAGCACCUGUCAGUGUGGGGUAAGCCUAAGCGUUGUGUGGUCCAAACCACCGACUGGUCUCCGUGCUCCAGUAGCUGUGGAGUGGGCGUGUCCUCUCGUAUCACCAAUGACAACGUCCAGUGCAAGCUGCAGAGGGAGACCCGCCUUUGCAACAUUAGGCCCUGCAGCUCAUUGGCCGUCCCUCCCAAGAAGGGCAAGAAGUGCACCCGUACCCGCCGCUCACCGGAGCCCGUGCGCCUCACCUACACCGGCUGCCGGAGCCUGCGCCUGUACCGGCCCACUUACUGCGGCUCCUGCGUGGAUGGCCGAUGCUGCCAGCCCAGCAGCUCCCGCACCCUCCUGGUCCCCUUCCGCUGCAGCGACGGCGACCUCGGCUACGGUGGUGGCGGUGAUGAGGUCCGUAUCGUGCAGCGCGCCGUCAUGUUCGUGCAGUCGUGCCGAUGCAGCGAGAAGGACUGCGGGUUCCUGAACGAAGCGGCGCUGCAGCCGCCCAAGAGGUGGAUGUACGGAGACACGCACAAGUACAUCGACUAAGAGACGGACGGAGGGUGGAUGUCUGGAGCGAGACGCACAGUAGUACAAUUGAAUAGAGACGGAGGAGGAUGAGAGACACUGAGAGACUGACGACAACUGAUUAACAGAGAGAACGAGAGAGUAAAACGAAUGGCUGGUACAUUGGUACAUUAACGGUAUAAGCAGAGGCGGAUAAAGGCGGAGAAGAAGUACCGUUACGAAUGUAAUUACGACACUAUUAGCAUGACACUACAUGGUUGCAACUAUGUAUAAUAUCAUGCUAAUAGUGUUGUAAUCACAUCCAUAACUGGUCUACUUCUACUUUAUGCACCUCUGGAGGUACAUUGACAGCUGUCUCAAGAGACAGAGACACAAUUUGGGGGAGAUAAAUAUAUGGCUUUACUGUUUUUGCAGGCAAGAGAGAGUACAAGACGACGUGCGGGAGACAAAGACAGUCACCGUGUACCAGAAUUUAAUGAUCACUUUGAUCAGGACUGUUAAUAUUGGGCUCUUCUUUGAACCUGACCGACUUGAGGAGGAAAUUUAUCUCCUUGUUUGAACUCCUGUGGGUCUCCGGCUGUGUAUUGUGUCUAUAUGUUUCCCAACCUUUUUUGUCAUAACACGAUUACCCCAUCACUCAGUGCCUCCGCUCAUCGGCUCCGCCAAAGUUCGGAGCACUGCUCCGCCAAAGUUCGAUUCCAUUGUCGUCAAUACAACCCCGCACACCGGUGCUGAUGUCGGCUAGCGAUUACGAGACGAGUUCAAUUUUGUUGGAGACGGCCAUUGACUAUCCAUGCUCUGCUGCGGUGAAAUUGUCUGCAGGGCUCGGAAUUGUGUCGGAAGCGAAAGUGCUCCACAGUGCUGUCGGAGCCGAUGUGCGGAGGCCCUCAUUCAUUAAUAUGUUUUCCUCUAUCAUACUGUUUCUCAUGAGGGGCUCUACAGCGCCCCCCAGGGGGUGUUAGGGAGCUCUGUUGGGAGAGGUGAGGGGUUGAGUUGAGAAAGAUACAGCUGAGGGGAUGCUCAAUUGUAAUUGGGGAGCAUUACCUGUAGCCUGAUAUUAUUUUUGAGUUUUUGGGCGGGGAAAAUCAGAGGUUGGCUGGGUCGGCCUUUUGAGUUUUCUUUUCUGUUUUUUGUGUGUGUGUUUGCUAUUUUGAAAAAGAAAUAUUAUAACUAACUUGGCCUGAGCAUACCCUAUGUAUCAAGGGCCGAGACUGCCUUGUUUGACAGGUCCCAAUUUGGGGCCACUACUUAUUAAUGUGGGUUUCUAAUUAUUGUGUGGUUGCCUGGCUUAAACAGUGUUUGUUAGACCAGACUGUUAUAAUUGUAGGACUGAGCAGCACCAUCUGUUUUCUGCUAAGGACUUCAUUGGAAGAGCAACAAUUGGUCUUCCAUUGCAUUUUGACGAUUGACCUAAAACGAUAGACGAUGGAAGAGCACACGCUCUUAACCUGAGCAACGGUUACUGUAUUUACAUAUAGGUACUGGGACUGGACUCCUGAGGCAGGUGGCAUUUAGAUGCUUCUCCCCUUAGCCUUCCCAUUACCCACAGCUGUCCAUCAUUUCCUGACAGAUGUCUACAUUUGACUGAGAUUUAUUUGGUUUAUAUGUUGUAUAUGAUUCUAUUUUUUUUGUAGGCCUAUGUCUUCUCUCAAUGUCUUGGGGUCUUGACGUCCUUGCUUUCCUUCACUGAACUUAUCAGUAGGCCUAGGAAAAGAAUGGCUGUUCAGAAUUGUUUUUGACUAACUCUAUUAUCUACUAGUGACAUGACGUGUGUCAGCUCAGAGUAUGUUUUUUUAAUCUGCACCGGCUAAUCACAGUGUGUCACUCUGAUCAGUACAUAGAGCAUACUGUACUGUAGAAACGUAUGUACUGAUAUCAGUAAUGUAUCUCACUAUGCACACACACACACUCACACACACACACACACACACACGCACACACACACACACACACACACACACACACACACACACACACACACACACACACACACACACGCACACUGGUAGUGACAGCUUUAAACAUUUUGCCUCCGAGGGACUGGAAGUCCCCUGGAAGUCAAAGAUGCCUGGUCAUCUAAGUGCACACCCUUUCCCCACACCCCCACUGACAAUAAGUCAUUACAUUACAUGACUUUACACGUAGCCGAGACUUUUAUCCAAAGUGACUUAGAGUUAUUUACUGGGUAUUGGUUACAGCCCCUGGAGCAAUGUGGGGUUAUAGGUGCCUUGCUCAAGGGCACUUCAACCAUGGAUGGAGGCGUAGAGAGAAGUAAGGGUGGGAUUCGAACCUGGAACUCUCUGAUCUUCAGACGACUUCCCUUACCAUUAGUCCACGUCCGCCCCAUGCUGCCCUACAAUUUCAGAACGCAGUGUCUUGAAAAUUGUCGCAAUUGAGUUUAUACCGGAAAAUGACUUUCAAAUACCUUCUUUGUCUUGGUCCAAAUUUGUCCCGUUUCAGAAAAAAACGAUAAAAAACAAUUAUGCUGCGCUUUUUUGAUUUAAGAGGUUACGUCGUACAAGCCAAAAACGCAGUAUGUCACGUGAGAUACUGCACUCCAUUGAAACCGUGGUUUGGGUGUAGACAGGAAUACCACAACAGAACGCAGUAUCUUGGUUUUUCAGCUAAAAAGUCAUGAGAAUGUUGUUGUUUUUUUUUUUCUUGUGUGCAUACAUUUCCACCAUAAUAAAAUAUAUGGAAGUGUCAUCAUCACUUAACCUCCAUCACAGUUGCGCGGCCAAAAAGGAAACUUUAAAGCCUUUUUUCUCAGUUUACCAGUAAGGAGAGAUGCUGCGUUCUGAAAUUAUAGGGCAGCAUGGCUCCGGCUGCCCCAUAAUAACUCUUACCAUUUCACCUUAACAAGGAGAAGAUUGGGUGUCAUCAUUAGCUCGUUGGCUAUUGCCAAGAUGCUGUGUCUAUAUCUGUCAUUCAGUUCCCAGUGCCGCCAAUUAAUCCCUUCACCGUAAAGCCUAAAGAGGAAAUGAGAGCUCUGCACUGUAUACCUCUUGGUCCAUUGCUAUCACACAUAGACGCCGCUUAACCUUGAGUGAAUGCUAUGUGGUGAGCUGCUGUCUGUAAAUAGAUUGUAGUCCAUGCCAUCCCAUGCGAUGCAACGCAAAGCCAAGCACAGCCAGGGCUGGGAGGGGCCCCUCAUAAUUAGCGGUGCUGAACUGACUCACCGGUGGGCCCUGCAACUUCGUGGUCCCGUAUUUUCAGAAAUGUAAUGAUAAAAAUGAAAGACCAUAAUGUAAACAUACUAAACCAUAGACAAAUGUUGUUCAGGUGUAAUACUAUAUGUUUUGCCUCCCAUACUACAUUACAAUUGUAGUACUAGAGGAUUUGUGGGCGAUUUGCUUUUCAUGGGGAUGGAUUUAUGGAAUGGAUUGCAUUGAUUGUCUUAGGACUUGAACAAAAUCACCUUCAAGGAGUUGUUUGAGCUGCCCUGGCCCUAUGCCCUAAUCAGAUGAUCCACUGGGAAACUCCCACUGUGACACAACACCCCACACAAAGAGAGAUUGCAUGUACUGUAUGUCACACACCCAUGCAAGGGGCCUGCCCAACAGCCGCCCCAGAAGAGCAAUGUGGUGGGAUGGUAGCAUGCUCAAGGUUCCUCAAUCAUGCAGGAUGAUGGGGGAGGGAUUGCAUGUACUGUAUGUCUCACCCACAGAGGCGACUCUACGUUCAGCUUAGUCCCCAGGCGAAAUGUCAAAGGAGUGAACAUUUGAAAGAAAUUUGCCACUACUGCAGCAAAGUGUGAGCUGUUAUUCACCAUCCAUCCAGGGGCCCCAAGCGGCUGCCUGCCAAGCCUGGUGACAAGACGCGCCUCUGCUCACCCACCCAUGCAAGGGGCUUGCCCAACUGUCGCCCCAGAUGAGCAAUGGGGUGGGAUGGUAGCAUGCUCAAGGUUCUUCAAUCAUGCAGGAUGAUGGGGAAGAGCUCUGGCUAUUCACUCCAACUCCACCCAACCACCCACCCACAUAGCGGUGUCAGGAACAGGGCCGUAUCGAGACAUUUUCAAAUACUAAGGUCAAAUACUGCAAGUUGUACUGCAUACUAUACAUUUAGAAUGCUUCAAACUCUUCGGUCAAACUCAAGUUUGUUUCCAUUAAUCACUGCCUUUGGGAUAAAUGGGAGUGGCAUAUCAGACUGAAUUUAUCAUUGUUGAUCACAGAUCAAUUUUCAUCAUAGAUACAUUUUACAUUUCUAUAAUAAAAAAUACAGUGGACAUGACCUCUGUGUCCUCAACGGUAGUUAUGGCCAUGGUCAGGAAUCUGUCAGGCCCUUGGACUACAAGCCUAACCGCUUACCCAUGACUGCAGUUCAGGCCCAUUUUGACAAAAUCUGAGGAUUAUAGAUGAUGAGCAAUGAUUGACAAUGUUGGCUGGAGUGGCAUUAUAUACAAACACCUACAGUACAUUUCAUUCACUUUCGUAGGCUUAGUUGCAACUUGCAACAUAAUGUCAUAUUUUGCCUGCCUAGUACCUACCUGCCUUGGCAGAAAGUCUGAAUAACUGCGUAAUGUUGACAUACUAAUUAAGAUGCCUGUCGACUUGCUCUGGCUGGUCUGUCUGGAAAUUUCGUUGGCAGAUUGAAUGUGUGUGCGACUCGGCAAACCCGGCAGGGCCAAUUGGAUGGCCUUUGUAAUUGUCCAAUGUGGCGUACCAUGUUUUUGUUUCUAAAAUCUUGUGUUCAAGAACAAGCCAAAGACAGGCUCACAAAAGUGAGUGAGUUAAUAAAUGUGUGUACUAUGGUGGGAUGUAUUUCUUCAGAUGCAUGUAAGCAUUCAGCACUGCAUAGAGGUUCCCGGAAGCCUCCAAACAACCAAAAGUACAGUAAGUUUGACUGCCAAAUUUAGAAUGGUUGAAUUUUCAGAUUAGAAUUUGAUCCCAUCAAAAUCCAGUGUAUCUUUUUCAAAAUAUAUUUUGUUAUUUAUUUUGAGAUGUAUGUAUGUGUGUAAUACAGUAUGUUUCUUGUUCUCUCUCUGUGUGUGUGCGUGUGCAAAUAACAUUUCAGUGAAGCAGUUAUCCAACCUGCCACCUGUUAGGAAAGCCCCCCCCCU